AUGCCCACGACCAUAAACAAGCCAGCGAAGCCAAAGGUCAAGCGCUACCAUGGAUACGCCGUACUUCUCUUUAUCAUGGGGACGCUCUUCCCACCGCUUGCCGUCGCAGCGAGGUUCGGGAUUGGAAAGGACUUUUGGAUCAACUUAGUAUUGACUAUUGCUGGCUACAUUCCUGGCCAUGUACAUAACUUCUACAUACAGAACGUCCGGAACAACAAGAACCAUCGGCGUACGCCAAAAUGGGCUCAGCGCUUUGGCCUCGUAGAUACUUCUACCUUCGAACGCCACAAAAAGCGAUCGGAGUGGUCGCACAGGUAUAACGACCGAAAUCCUGAAUCAACUUUCGAGGGGCAACCUUUGGAGGAUGGUCAGGUUGGGCCAUCUCGUUCCUCAACGGAGAGUUCUAUGCAACCCUCCACCAAUGCGAAAGGACUGUGGAGACCCGAAGAUGAAUCCUUCUACGGCGAAGGGCGUGACGGCACGCCUGAAUCAGGUGGCGGUAGAUGGCGUUAUCCUACCAACUUUAACGAUGCGUUCUCUGGACCAGGGGAGGGAGUAUUGAAGAAGAAAAAGAAGAAGGAUAGAUGGGCACGAACAGAGGAUGCCUACACAGCUCCUGCACCCCGGAAGAAGAAGAAGAAGAAGACAUCUAGGAAUCGUUCAACUGUUGCUGACGGUGAUACUUUUUCACAGAGAAACGGAUCAGUGGAGAUGGAGAUGCCAGAAGAUCCGAGUGGUGGUAACUACGAACGAAGGGAUGGCAAUGGCCAAGUAAUAACGGAUGGCGGACAAACGACGGUUGACAUAUUUAACCAUGAGCUCUAA